AUGACCACAAGUGAGCCUCAGCCGUCGGAACCCUUCAGGGUCGAUGAGCCUGACUACCACAACCCAUUCAUGUCUGCUCAGGCGGACUUCACUGAACAGACAAACCCAAGCCAGGCUUUCUACCCCAGCCAGCUACCCAUGGAAAUGUCUCUGCAGCUUUCCUACUUUCAACAAUACCAACAACCGCAUGACCUCAUGCCGCCGAUGCCAAUGGACUAUGGAGAGAGGCCUAGUUACGGCGAAAGCAGCAGCUACGGUGAUAGAAGCAGCUUCGAGAGGUCCACCUAUGAGAGAAAUGUCAAUCGCCCUGCUGAAAGACAGAGCCUUGUUGAUGACUCGGGCACUUCACAGAAACGGUCUAGUUCUGAUGACAUGCUUGUGCACAAUGCGGCGGGCAGUCUACGACACUUUGCCCAACCAGUGCCCGCUAGUCAACCUUCUCAUCUCUCCUCUAGAGAGUCUGACGAUCUGCUGGAUAGCUCUUUUGCUGAAUCACCUGUUGGACUCCCCGUUGGCGAAUCGGGCUUCGUACCUGCGCCCCUCUCGGAGUCCAACAUGAUGGGGCUGCUGUCAUAUCCGGACAUGACCACCAUGGUCAACUCGGAUCGCAAUCUCUCCGUGCCCUUGGUGGAAACCACUUUCGUGGACCCCACGAAGUGUAGCAUUUGCGGAAAGAAAAUCUCCAGAGACAUGAUCAGACACAUGUGGACCCACCAGACGGAGAAAAGGUUCAAGUGUGUCUUUCCAAAAGGCAGUUGCCAGCAUAAAUCGGGCCUGUUCAAUAGAAGGUACGAUUUCAAAAAACAUCUCCUCAACAAACAUUUCCAAUACGACGACGUGUCUGCCAAAAGAGAGCAUAACCUUCGAGAGAAACUUACCCAGUGGGAGCCAGAAAUGUCCUUUACUCAGGCAGAACAGUAG